CUAAGGCCAGCACGGGUGCCAUCGAACUCAAGAUUCCUGAAUCCAUGUAUAGUGAUUUUUAUUGUUGUUGCUGUGGUGGUGAUCCUGGCAGUGAUUAUAGGUCUACUUAUCCACUUUCUAGCUUUUGAUCAAAAAUCUUAUUUUUACCAUGGUGAUAUUCACAUUUUAAAUGUUAAAUAUAGUGAUCAGUUAAAUUCACCAGCUACACAAGAAUAUAAGACUUUGAGCAAUCAAAUUGAAUCCCUGCUCAGUAAAACAUUCAAAGAAUCGAAUUUUAGAUAUCAGUUUGUUAGAGCUCGUGUUGUCAAACUAAGGCAAACUGAUAAUGGUGUGAUAGCACAUAUUGUCAUGAAAUUUAAAUUUACUAGAAAUUUCAAUGGAGCAUCAAUGAAAAAAAGAAUUGAGUCUGUCUUGAACCAUAUGUUGAAUAACUCUGGAAAUUGGGAAAUAAAUCCUUCACCUGAGAUAAAACCCAUUACUGAUGAGGAGACUGUAGAUAUUUUUACUCAAACAUCUUGUGGGGCUCGUCCAGAUCUAAUAACAUUGUCAGAGGAGAGGAUCAUUGGAGGCACAAAGGCUGAGGAAGGAGACUGGCCUUGGCAAGUCAGUCUACGACUAAAUAAUGGUCACUUCUGUGGAGGGAUUCUCAUCAGCAACUCCUGGGUCCUGUCAGCAGCUCAUUGCUUCAGAGGAAAAUCUGAUCCUCGUCAAUGGACUGCUACUUUUGGUAUUUCCACAAGAUUUCCUAAGCAGAUCAUAAGAGUACAAACGAUUAAAGUUCAUAGCAAUUACAUUUUUGCAACUCAUGAAAAUGAUAUUGCAGCUGUGAAACUUGAGAGAAGUGUCAAAUUUACCAAAAAUAUCCAUAGAGUAUGUCUCCCAGAGGCUACCCAGAAUAUUCUACCUAAUUCCGUUGCAUAUGUCACAGGAUGGGGAUCAAAACGAUAUAAUGGCCACAGUGUUCCAGAUCUAGAACAGGCACAGGUCUACAUAAUAAGUAAUGAAGUAUGUAAUGCACCAUCUAGCUAUAAUGGAAUGAUCUCUUCUGGAAUGAUAUGUGCUGGAGUACCUGAAGGUGGAGUAGAUGCAUGCCAGGGAGACUCUGGUGGCCCUCUGGUACAAGAAGAUUCACGGCGACUUUGGUUCCUGGUGGGGAUAGUAAGCUGGGGUUAUCAAUGUGGUCUACCAGAUAAGCCUGGGGUAUACACACGAGUGACAGCCUAUCGAAAUUGGAUACGAGAACACACUGGAGUCUAG